CAAACAUCCAAUUCGCUAUGAACGCUUCCCUCUCUGAUUUUCAGUGUAUAAUAAAUGGACUAAAGGAGACUCAUUCCACCUUACAGUUUAUAUCAAAUUAUAAGUCGCGUUCAUUAAGCAUAAAACAACCUCAAAUAUCACACCGCGGUAAGAAGGCGGUCAAUUUAUUGAAGAAAGCCACACCCACCUUGGACUCUAAUGAAGCAGAAGCUGUCGCUAACCCUACUCGGCCUGAUGGCCCAUCAAAUUUUGGCAUCUUCAAUGCCUCUGAUUCACUUUCUACUGAACUUGUCCCUAAUACUAGUACUGCUGGCGCAAGUGACCUUGCUGAUAACCAUAAUCCCAACUUUAUCAAUGAUAAUGUAGGGUCUAGCAGCAACGCUGAGGACAAGCUGAUUUUUGAAUUUACCGAAGAUAAUGAACUCAAAAUUAAAAGAAACGAUUAUUUAUCAACAGGGAUCUAUUCCAGAUACUGUAAGUCAUUCUAUCCUUCACAUUUGAAAACACUAUUUUAAAUACUUCGAUAGCUCUUUGUAUAAUAUUGUACUAUUGAAGAAAAACCAUGCAUACCCUCAAAUAGACUUUUCAACCAUAAAUGAUGAGAGUGAGACAAACCUGAAUAGAAGAGCAAUUCCUUGUAUUAUCUUAUCAAUUUUUUUUUCCCCGUUAGGUACCAGGAUUUGUAAUGAGCCUUGAUAAACUGAAGAAGAUUGGUCAAUUCUUCCGCCUUCAAUGUUUUGGUGAAGAGGAGAACAAAAGAAGAGCGUCAAGCAACGUGAACCUUGAUGAUAUUAUCAACUGCCACACGCCGAAGAAUAUGAAGGCUGCAGUUGAUUUUUAAUAUAUUAAUGUUUAGUGAGGCAUUUGCCAAAUAAUAAAACUCAAUUUGUAAACAUGCC